GAUGCGCGUUCGCGCGGCGCGGCCACGAGACCAAGGCCCUUCCCUAAACUCAGGAAGUGGCGCCGCCGUCAAUCUGAUCUGAAGCCACCUCCCGUUUAAAAAAAUUUUUUUUAAAAUUUUGUUGUUGAUGAUUUAUGUUUUUAGUAACUCACACAAACUUAACAUUGUAAAGUUUGCUUCACAUGUCUUGACACACAAGUAUAAGUACGUGAGAAUAUUGUCGGUUGAAAGUGUGGAUUUCAGAUCAUUUUCAACUUCUAAUAGUCUUAGCGGACACAGUUACACAAUUUAAAACUAAAACACUCGUUAACGCAGACACGUUUUACUGUUGUUAAACGCUAUUUAGUGUUUUUAAUCGGUUAAACGACCGUAAAAUGCAUUUAAAUUUAAUAUAAAUCGGACCACUACAGUGGACUGAUGGUGCCACGUCGCCCUCUGCUGGUUAACUUCGGUAACCACGCAACACAGUUUGGCCCUAAGAGAAUGCCGCGCUCUGAUUGGUUGGUUCGCUUUCAUUAGGUACGCUGCUUUAAAAGACCAUUGGAAAUAUGGCAAUUUCUAAUCGAAGCCGCUUGAAAAAGACCAAUAAAACUGGAAAUGCAGACAGAUAAGCAUUUGGUUUUCUUGAAUCUUCGGGGGAUAGUAUACUGAGAAAAUCACAUGACGGCUGUAAAUAAUUAAUAAAAAAAAUAUUCAUUUAAAAAAAUAUAUAUUCGGUACUUUUAAAUUUACAUAUAAUGUUAUGCCAGGGAUUGAUCUGGUGCAUUGUCAGUCUGCAUCACAACCCACCAAGGGAUUUUAACCCAAUUCGACCAGAACAUCCACUUGUUGUAUGCGAGAGAUGGGAAUGUAUUAUGUUUACAAUUUUUUCCGAGCCUCCAAGUAGAAGCAGGUGGCGAAGCACGUGAAGGCAGCAUCAAUAUCGACGAUUGCACUUCCCCUCCAGCGUCCAUCCGCACAAGACGCAGCGGCUUCGCAGGCGACAGUAGCAGCAUCGUAUGCGUGCGUGCGUGUGUGUUUUGUGACUGAGGGAAAAAGCCUCAUCAUGACCAUCAGAAACACGCUCCGGGAUCAUGGGCAGAGGUAUCGACCGAGGAUCGCUUGUCUCAAGAAGGCAGAGAAGGUGCUGCUGGAGAUGCAGGACCCCAAGACAGGAGUCAAAUCACAGCCUCAGAGACUGGUGAUCACAACCAUACCACACGCCAUAACUGGUGAAGACAUCCUUUCCUGGUUGGCAGACAGAUUUCAAAUAGACACACAAGAGGCGAGGAACUUUGGCUCGAUGCUCGUGGCGCUAGGAUACAUCUACCCUCUGCAGGACCACAAACGCUUGGUGAUCAAACCGGAUGCAUCCCUCUAUCGCUUCCAGACACCGUACUUCUGGCCCACGCAGCAGUGGCCCGUUGAGGAUACAGAUUAUGCGAUCUACCUGGCGAAAAGAAACAUACGCAAGAAAGGAAUCCUGGAGCUGCACGAGCAGGAGCAGUAUAACCGACUGCACAAGUGGAUGAAUCAUAAAUGGGAUUUCAUAGUGAUGCAAGCUAAAGAGCAGUACAGGGCUGCAAAGGAGAGGAAGAAGCCGGACCGCGUGGUGUUUGACUGCCAGGAGAGAGCGUACUGGGUGGUUCACCGACCUCCGCCAGGGACAGUAAGCGCCAUGGACUAUGGACUGGACAGACGAAUAGAUCCUAAUGCAGACGAGGAAAAAACACCAGACUUCUACGGGAGAAUUAUGAUCUUUACCCAGCAGUCUAUCAUGAGGCCCAGGGUGAAGUCAUCUGUGUCCAUUGGAGCAUUGGUGAAAUACUGCGCCACCUAUAACGGCCACGACCCUUUCCUCUCCAAGUGUCUUCCCAGCAACCCCUGGAUCACUGAUGACAUCACAUACUGGAACUUGAACAUGCCCAAUGUGGAGAUACCGACGAAGAUGCGCGUGGAGAGGUGGACGUUCAGCUUCGGAGAGCUGCUCUCAGACCCUCGAGGACGAGACGAUUUCAGACUCUUCCUGAAGAAAGAAUUCAGCGGUGAGAACUUGGCAUUCUGGGAAGGUUGCGAGGAUCUGAAGUGGGGCACAGCUGCGACGAUGAGAGAGAAAGCAGAGCAGAUCUACAAGAGCUUCCUUGCACGCGGCGCACCUCGGUGGAUCAACAUCGACGGAAAGACGAUGGAAAUCACCGUUAACGGCCUGAAGCACCCACACAGAUAUGUCCUGGACGCAGCGCAGACGCACAUCUACAUGCUCAUGAAGAAGGACUCAUUCGGGCGAUACUUGAAGUCUCCGGUCUUCAAGGACACGUUGAAGAAGGCCGUCUGUCCCGAGGAGCACAAGUACUCUGACGCCCAGUUGGAGCAGAAUGCGAAGAACAGGCGGCCCAGUCUCAGCCCCAUCGUCCUCCGGCAGCAGGAGAAGGAGCACAGGGCCAAGAUGGCGGCCAAUGCCCCCGUUGACAUCACACAGCUGUGCCGCUACACCACUCCUGUCCCCCACCUCGCCGUCUACUCUGGUAUCAGUGACUUCCCCUCUGCCAACGCCUCACCCUCUCUCCCCUUCCUGGCCCACUCCCCGGCCUGUCCGUCCCCCAUCAGCGUGGCCUUGGACAGCACCUCGGCCUCUGAGCGGCGCGCGGAGGCCGGUGAAGGAGGCGCGGCGGGGAUCCCCGAGGCCCGAGCCCCCGCUGCAGGAAGCGUGUCCAGGUCUUGCAUGCCUCUCUCACUGCGCCGCCUGCUGAAGCGGGGCUGCACGCCCUCCACCAUGUUCGCCAGCCUGUCGCCUAAAUACCACUCAGCUGCCGGGACAAGUAGCCGCAUUCAGCCCAUCAGCCCGGAUCAACCCAGUCAGGCUCCGCCCAGACGGAUUGGCAAUUUUUUCCAGAUCAAAGUGGAUAUUCCUCCCGAGUGCCGCAUCUACCCCAUAGAGUCGGAGGACGAGGACGAGGAGGAGAACAGGGCCGCCUCUCGGGGAGGAGUGGGAGCCAAAGAGAUCAUCUGCCCCUGGGAGAGCCUCACUCCACAGAACGGCACCGGCUAAUAGGAUGGAUUUGCACAGGUAUUAAAAAAAAUUAAAUCGGUGCGGAGCAGAUGUGAAGUGAGUCGAUAUGAACAGGCCCGGCGGCAGAUUUUCCCUCGUGUCCCGACAGAGAUAACGUAUCUCAUACAGAGCAUUAAGGGGGUAAAAAUCUCAGUGUUUAUUAUCCCAGCGUACAUGUGGUCACAUUCUCACCACCAGGCCACAAACUACAACACAAAACUGUCAAUCCGAGACAUUACAGUGAUGGAUGUUGGUCCACAGUAGACUGAGCGUCAACUUAUUAUGUCCAAACUCCUCUGCUGUAGCAUAAUCCUCUUCUCAGUUUUCAAUUUCAAAACAAUCUCACAACUUUUGGCCCGUCACGAGGUUUUCAGAAAUACUGAGGUCUUCCAGUACCAACCCCGAAAAUAAUUGACAAGCCACCAAAUGAGGCUGUAAAAGUUUCUGAUGGUUUUCUAUUAGUAUUUUUAAUUAUUUCAUUGGACCUCUCGUGACAUUUUCUUAGAUUAAUAUCUGCUUGUGAGUGCCUAACUCAUUAAUUCCCCCCACAUUCCCAAGAACUUACUGACGGGACAACCUCAGCGGCAGCUAUUUCCCCACGAACAACAAACUCCAUCAGAAGUUGGAGAUCAGACAUAUUUUGUCUAAUCUCCAACUUCCUGCAACCAAACCUACGAGCCUACAGGCCCUUCAGCGAUUGACCCUCAAGGCAAAUGAUUUGGGUGGAGUGUUCCUUUAAAACGACAGCCUCUUUGCCACCGAUCUUCGCUGACGUGAGCACCAGCUGAGCCAGAUGUUUUGUUCUGUUCAGGCCCCGGAGGACAACAGGGUGGAUGAACAUCCAAGAGAUUCAAAACUUGAGCUGUAGCGUUCACAUUCAAACCUCGUGUCUAUUCAUGGACAGUAGCCGGACAGCAGCCUUAUCCACCUUCACACACCUGAACGUCUCUUUUCUUUAUUUUGUUCUUGGAAGUUUUCUACAAAGCAGGCAUAAUGUACACGCAGAACAUUUUUCGAGAUUAAAAGUCGCACAAUGACAACAAGUAUUAACAAAAAAAUCUGUAUUUUUGUGAAUGCCAAGGAGAGCGAAAACAACUGAUGUUAUAUGUUACAAAAUAGAUUAAUGUUUACAUUCCAGUAAGUGAUAAGCCAAAUCAGACACCUAUAGACUCUUGCCUGUGCACAUUCCUGCUAAGAAAUAUAGACAAUGUAUUUACAUAUUUACCCAAUAAUGAUCAGUUUUUCUGAAGUGGAGAAUUGUCCUUGUGCUGCUCAGUAGACUUAGAUGCCUCGUCCCUAAUUUACUUACCUCUUUACACACAUUACGUGAAAUGACUGAACAGAUGUAUAUCAGGUAAAAUGGGGGCACAUUAUCAGCUUGUCCACAUGAUGUAAUGGGAGGGGGUCGAGUAGUAGUUUUGUAUUUGGCUCCACUGCUGUUUUGUAGCUGUUGUUUACUCUACACUAGCCAGAGGGAGGUGUCGAUAUUCUUAUGUGGUGGUGGUGUGUACGUGGGCGGGAUUACAAUGUGAACUAACUGUCAGAAUGUAUUAUCUUAACCAUGUUUACAAAUGCAAGAAUGUGAAAAAAAACCUUAAAUUUGUUGUAUUGGAUUUGUACAUUCCAUGGCUUGUGUCAAAGUGCCUCAAUAAAUGAAAGUCUCAACAAAAAA